UUUUUGUUUUCGAAUAUUUUCAAAUUUUUGAAAUUUUUGACUAUUUCCACCUCAUCGAAUCUCUAUCAUGUCUAUAUCGUGUCUCGAAACGAAAUUUGCUUCACGCGACCACAAUAACAACAACAACAAAGACAUGAGUAAUUGUGAAUAUCAUCGACUUUCCAUAUUUCAACAAACAAAUUCUGCCAAAAAUCAAAUGAUUUUAUCGACCAUGAAUCAUUCUGAUCAUCAAAAUCAAUUCAAUGCACAUGUGAAUGUUAAUUUUAAUAAUCAAUAUUGGCUUCAGCUACAAGAUUAUCGCCGUUUUAUUGUUAAUCAACGUAAACCAGUUGGUGUGUUUUGGGAUAUUGAAAAUUGUUCAAUUCCACGUGGUGUUAGUCCAUCGAAUUUGAUUGAAAAAAUACGUUCAUUUAUCGUACGAUUUAAUCUGAUUGAGAAAGAAUUUUCUAUUGUCUGUGAUGUACCUAGUUUUGCUUCCACUGUGAUCAACGAAUUGAAUAAUACACAAGUCAAUAUAAUUCAUGUUAGUUCUUUUGCCAAAAACGCUGCCGAUGAAAAAUUGAAACAAUUAAUUUUACGUUUUGUACAAUCGAAUGGACAAAAUUGUGCUGUUAUAUUGUUUUCAAGUGAUAUAAAUUUUGUACCUGUAUUGAGUGAUAUUAAAAAUCGUCUUGGUGUAUUGGUCAUUCUAUUUCAUCAUCAACAAGUAUCGUCAGCACUGUUGCAAAGUUCACAUUAUCAUUUUGAUUAUGAUCAAUUUUGUUUGACAAAUACUGUCAAUGUACAAAUGAAUCAUCAUCCGCUGAUUGAUAAUCAAUCUGAUUUUAUCAUGACAUCAUUACGAAUUUCAAAUCUUCCAUCGGCUGCGGAAGAAGAACAAAUUAAAGGUUUAUUAAAUCGAAUUAUUGGCAAUAAUGGUGGACGCAUCACGUAUCUUGAUAUGAUAAAUCAUGAAGCAAUUGUGCGAUUUAAAUGCCGUUCCGAUGCAUUACGUUGUCAUCAACGUGUUGAUAAUCGAAAAUUUUAUGGCCAUAUUCUCAAAUCUAAAUUUGAACCAAAUUUUAUUCAAUCCAAUCAAAAUACAUCAUCAUCAUCAUUUGUGAAUCAUUAUUCUAGUCGUCAAAUUAAUGAUCAUCAGCAAUCAUUGAAUCGUGUCAAUUCUGAAUCUCGACCCACAAUUCGUACUACUACUACUACUACUACUAUUAGUCAACCGACGAUUAGUGAAUCUUUUGUUAAACGUGCAGCCGCAUGUACAAUAUGUUCACAAAAUCAAAAUUAUAAACAAUCGAAAAAUCAUAAUUUCUUAUUCUCUAAUCAAAUCUUCAGUAUUAAUAUUGAUUUCAAUUUUUUUUGUCGAAGACUGUGCUUUCUAUUAUCAUCUCAUGAUGGUAAAAUACCGUUGAAUUCAUUUCCCGAUUGUUGGCUUGAAACAUUCGAAACAGAAUUGGAUGAUAUCAACGAUAAUGAUGGACCAAAAGUGAUGCUUGAACAUUUAAUUACUUGUGUUCCUAAUGUCAGUAUUCGUAAUAUGGAAAUUGAAAUUGAUCAACAAGAAAUUUUAACAAAAUUUAUUGUUUUCAAUGAAUCAUCGGACCAUCACAAUCAACAAUCAUCAUCAUCAAGUAAACGAUCAAAAUUAUUGAAAAAAUUCAUGUUGAAUUUACAUUCUUUAUUGAGAAAUCAAACAUCGAAUAAAACAACAUGUUUUCCAUCAAUUGAAUUAAGUGAUCUUGUUGUAGAAUAUCGUCGUCAUUUUGAUGAAAAUAUCAUUCCUCGUGAUUAUGGAUUUUCAGAUCUCAUUGAAUUAUUGGAAUCAUGUGGAAAAAAAUUCAAUAUCUAUUCAUAUGGUUAUCAUCGUAUCGUUGCGUUGAAUUUCAAAGAACAAGCUCUUCGUUUCAUGUCACAUUUGGCUAGACUUUAUCCAUUCAAUCUAUCGGAUCCAAAUUAUUUUGAUGACUUGGAUCCCGCUUUUUAUGGUGCAUGUUCAAUUGAAGAUAUGAUCACGGCUAUUGAUUUGAGACCAAAUUUAGUGAAAUUUAUUUAUGAUAAAAAUCGACGAUUAGCACUGUUCAGUUAUCCAUUGGUUCAGAAUUCCGCAAUACUAGAUGAAUUUAAUGUAAUCAAAACAGACUUGAAAAAGACACUUUUAUCGAUGCAAGAUUUUUCCAUAAAUUGUUCAAAAUUUCGUGAAGAUUUUUCUCAGCUGAUCCAUAAAAAAUUGAAUGUAAAAAUGAACUAUUGCCGUUUAUCGAAUCUAAUUAUCAAUCAUAGUGGUGGUGAUUUGGAAAUCAUGACACAUUCAUUACCAUUUCAUGAUCGAUUAAUGUUAAGUGUAGAUUUACAAUUGAUGGAAUUGGGUAAACGAUUCUUGAAAAUAUUCAAUGAAAUGGCAGUCAUAUCAUAUGGAGAAUCAGAAAUUUCAGAUCAUCAUCAUAAUGAAAGAAAUGUUGCAAUACCAAUCUAUGAUUUAAUCUAUCAUUAUCAUCGUCGUUAUGAAUCAUUUAGUUUGGAUAAUUUGGGCAUAAAAUCAUUAUCGAAAUUAUUUGAAAAAAUUCUUGUCAAUUCCUCGUUUGAAAAUUAUUGUCUCAUCUAUACAUCAAGUACUAUUUUCCUUAAUAAAUUCUCUCAUUCAUGGCGUCAACGUGUUCUUCACCUAAUUUUUACCAUUAUUGUUCAUCAUCGAUCAUCAAAUGGAAUGAUUACUUUCGAUGAACUUAAACAACAUUUUCAUAAUCAUCUUGGAUUUUCAUUUGGAUUAAGCUUAUUUUGUGAUCAACAAAUUGGAAAAAUGAUUCAAAUUAUCAAAGAUGAUAAUAAUGAAUUAAUCGUCAAAUUGAAUCAAUCGUGUGAAUUUGCAGCCAAAUGUUUGACAGUUAUGUUAUUGCAUGAGAAAAUUGUAUUUCCUCAUUGUAUUAGUAGCAAUAAUGGCCAUCCAUUAUGGACUUUGGAUCAGAUUGAAAAUGAAUUCUAUGAUCAUUUUGGUGUAUCGAUGGCAUAUUCCAAUCCAACUAAUGGUGGUGGCCAAUCGAAUCUAAUCGAUUCAUUUGCUUCAUUUGAUUGGCUAUUCGAAAUCAGAGAUUUCCAAUGUCAUACAAUAUUGAUCAAAGAAAUUGAUUGGUUUCAUUACGAUCUCAGUACGAUUCCACGUUGUAAUUAUUGUGAAUCACAGCAGUCAGAACAACAGAAGUCUUUAUCGGAAGAGAUAUUUGAAAAAUUUCUCCAAGAACAAUCAUCAUCAAUGAUGAUUCAUUAAAAUAUUACGGUUAUUGAAAUUUCAA